AAAAGUAAAACUUAAAAUACAAUCAAUUAGGUUUAUUUGUCAAUUUUUGAUAAAAUUAAAUUGUGUAAAAAUCAAUUACAUUUGUAAACAAAAAAUAUCUACAAAUAAACAAAUAAAGAAAGCAACAUGUUUGGAAAUAGUUUAACCUACAACAACAUUUUUGGUAAUGCAAUUUAAGAUUCUCAUUAGCGUCUUUUUGGAGGAGAUAGAAUGCUUACAACUAAGGAUAUAGAGGGCGCUUAACCAAAAAAAUUCAAUAGACAUGUUUGGGGGAAUUACUAGGCAAACUAAUACCAAAAUAUAUUAAGCUAUGAUCCUCAAAAGUCAAUUAUUAAAAGUCCUAUUUUGGGAGAUAAUGUUUAGCCCUUAAACAGAGCGAUUCCUAAUUCUUCAGGAAUGAUAUUUAGAGAUCCUUAAUACUAAUCUCUCACACAAAAGUUAUACACAUAGCAAAGCUUGAGGUCACCACAAUAAAAACUAGAUUUAGCUUAAAAUAUUUAGAAUGCAUAAACACAACCUAAUGAAAGAUCAUCUAAUCUUAUUUCUUAGAGUUAUACUGGUUUAAAGAAAGAUAGCAGUAAUCCUUUAGAAGGCUCUUCAGCUACAGUAAAAUAAUUAAGUAAUACAAGCCAAAGAAUUCCAGGAAGGAGAAUAGAACCUCCUAGCUAACUAAAAGAAUAAAAUAUUUUCUCUCACCCAGACUAUGUAAACAAGCAGAUAUCUACUUACGCAAAACCUAUGGUGAAUAUAGGUAACUAAUCUUAAAACAUUCUAUCAUCAAGUAAAUAGGGUUUAGGUAUAGUCCAAAAAGUUGAUUAAUAUAAAAUAGGUGAUAAAAUGUCAACCCUUUAAGGUUAUUAGUCUUUAUAAGCAUUAAACAAUGUUUUGAAAUCAAACAGAUCUCCUGAUGCUUACAUACCGUUUGAACCUACUCCUAAAGAAUACCAAAGAGAAUCUAUAUCUUCAUAUGCUUUAGGGUAGAAUAAAGAUCUUGCCAUUGAAAAGUAUAUCUAACAAAAUAAAGAUAAAUAUUACGAAUAGCCUUCCAAAUCCCCUGUAUUUUAACAAAACCGCAACUUUGGUCCUGAUCAUGUUCUUAGUGGACCAAUUAGCGUGGAAAAUAGAUAGUCUACAUCUUCCUAUGAAUUUGGCUCAUUUGUCUCUCCUAAGUAAUAAUAAAAUUAGUAAUAAGAUGUUAUAUCACCUAAGUAAGGCUAUAUAAAUGAAAACAAUACUUUGCCUCUUUCUAAUAGACUGAAUUAGAAUAAUUAAUAUACUUAUAAAGAAAAUUAAGUACAAUAGGAAAUUCCAUAAAUUUAAAGUGCUUCAAAUUAAGAUAAUGCAGUUUCUCAAAAGGCUCUUUAAGAAGAUAAAAAUUUUGAAUUUAAUAAAAUUAGCUCUUAAUAGAAGAUACAAUCAAGACCUUAAUCAAAUACUUAGUUAUUAGGGAGACCUGCUAGCAAUACCAAUCAGUUAACAAAAAGCUUUACUUAAUUGAGAAAUGAAGGAGCAGCUUCACCUAGCUAAGAUUUAAUAAGAUUACGUUCUGUUCUUUCUUCUAGAGCUAGGUUGUUGCUAAAUGCAAAUUAAAAUGAAGCUACUACCAAUAGUGAAUAUGGCCUCUAUGCAGCUUAAUCAAACAGAAUAGAUCAACCUAAAGAAAAGAUUCUCUAUCAAUCUAAAAGAGAUAACUUUCUACGUUCCCACUUAGUGAGAAGCUAGUCAGCAGAAGGAACAAGACUUUUGAAAAGUAUGGCAGACAAUAAUUAGUAAAAUUAAGAGCAAGCAAGUUUGGUAUCUAAAUAAUAAAAUAGCCACUCACAACUUUACAAAUAUGGUCAAUGGGGAUUAAGAAACUAUAAUAUUAUUGGUAACUAUAUGAAUCCAUACAAGUAUGAGGGAAGAAGAGGAGACCCAUUUGCUGAUAUUAAAUACUUAGGAAAGUUAGGAAAUAAUAAAAUAUAAUCAGUUAAAAACUUAAAUUCAGAAAUAAAAAAUGAUAACAUUUUAAAUGCAGAUUAAAAUGGUUCUUAGAAACAAUAAGAUCUAAGAAAAAGUGGAUACCCAUCAUCACCAUUAGCAGGAGUACAAAAUUAAUAUGAUGAAACCAAUAAAAAGUUCAAUGCACUUUAUCACAGCUAAAGAGCUCAUGACCAACACUCUAUUAAGUAUUAUGGAGCUAAAGCAUUAAAAAAUUUAAGCAACAUAAAGCUUUAUUGA